CGGCGGGCAGGUCCCCCAGCUGCCACGAAGUGCGGACGGCGUUCCAGCUGCGGCAGAUCGGGCCCCUCAAGCUGGUCCCCGACGUGCCCACGGCCGAGUCAGAUUUACAGAUCUGUCAACACAGGGCACCAACAUGUUGCACCAAAAAAAUGGAAGAAAGCUACCAGGCAGCUGUUCGAAGGGAGAGGACUCAGAGCAUCCAGGCACUGAACUUUGAGCUGAAGUACAUGAUUGUUGGUCACAUCACAGCUUUUCAAGAGGCCUUUGAGUCUUUGCUCCGCUUUGCUGAAAACCGCACAAGCUCCCUGUUUGAGACAGCUUACAGACCUAUGGCAAAAGAAGCAGCAGAGCCUGUUAAGGAGCUUUUUACAGACAUCUCUCUCUACAUUCUGGGCGCAGAGACCACAGUGGAAAGUGCAGUGCUGCGGUUCUUUGACAGUCUCUUUCCCCUGGUGUACAGCCGGCUAAUAAACCCCGGAAUUACAGAUCUGUCAGAGGACUAUACGGAGUGUCUGCGGCUUACAAGGCAAGACAUAAAUCCUUUUGGACACUACUCUAAAAACAUGGUUACAGAGCUGUCAAAAUCUCUUUGGGCCAGCAGGAUGCUGAGCCAGGCCCUGAGCCUGGGCAUUGAAGUGAUAAAUACUACUGAGCACGCCGCUGUGAGCAAGGAGUGCAGCAGGGCGCUGGUGAAGAUGCAGUACUGCCCGCACUGCCAGGGCCUGACGCUCAUCCGGCCCUGCGUGGGCUACUGCCUCAACGUCAUGAGGGGCUGCCUGGCCAGCGUGGCAGAGCUGGAUGCACACUGGAGGCACUUCAUCUCCACGCUGGAGUACCUGGCUAAUGAGAUGGCAGCCUCCCACGAGCUGGAGAUGGCCCUGUCGGGGAUCUGGAGCUCCAUCAACGAGGCCAUCCUGCACGCGCAGCUGAACGGACCGCAGCUCUCGGCCACCGUCGAUAAAGUGUGUGGACAGCCCAAACAGCAAGAAGGGAACCUGUCAUCAGCCAAUAUUGUGCCAGUGAAGGAAGUGACUGAAACCCAGACAUUUGUGAUGGCUCACACCAGCCUGAACAAUAAGAGAAGUUCUCUGCCUCUGAAAGCUUCAAAGAAUGACAAAUCAAGAAGUUUGAAAAAAAUCUCUCGAGAGUUCAUCAGUUACAUGAAGCGGUCCCGAACCUUUUAUGCCUCUAUAGCAGAAAGGCUUUGUGAUGGAGACCUGGUGAUGAGAGACAGCUCGACCUGCUGGAAUGGAGAGGAUGUUGUGGAAAGUUAUACCAGCAGAGUUGUUUCCAAUGGACUGAAGGCACAAAUUAAUAAUCCAGAACUGAAAGUCAGAGGAUUGGACCCACUCAUCAACAAUUUAAUUGACAAACUUCAGCACUUUAAUCAACUGGAUGCUGAGAAGGCCAAGCUGAAGCUGGAGAGAUGGGGACCCCGAGAUGCUGGCAGUGGGGGUGGAAGGAGCGAGGAGAUGGAGUCCAGCGGGGAUUGCGAUGAUGAGGAUGGCUGCCAAGGAUCCGGGGACAGGAUGCACACAGCAGAUAUACUCAAGGACAAGAAAGCCCAUCCAGAAAACAGAAAUGAACCAAAACCAACCGUGAGAAAGAUUGACACCACAACCACCACAAGCACUGUCAAGUCAUCCUCCAAGCACAGUGUGACUGGAAAUGGGAGCAGCCCAGCCCUGAGUCCCUGCCUUGCUGUUGUGGCAGCACUGGUGGCUCUGUGGCACUGUCCCCUGUAGCUGCAUUGCCCUGCAGAUGCUGUGCUAGUGCUCCUGUUCACUGUCAUUGACACCUGCAGCCUUACCCGACUGGAAACAAAUGGAAAUGGCUCUCUAGUUGAUGUGAUUUGGUAGGAUAAGUAAGAAGUGAAAUGCUGGAGUUGGCAGAUACCAAGUGUCCUCACUUACAAAGUCUGCAGAUAGCCUUUGGCAAAGCCCACCCACAAAGGUACAGCGAGGAUGAUCCCAAGGGCCUGACUAGCCUAACUUAUGGGGUAGAAAUAACUGAAGACACAGAAAUUGUGUGCCUGUGCGUUACUGUUUCUAUCCCUUUCGUUUGCUAGAAUCUGACAGGCUGUUGUUUAUUUGUUUAAUUUUUCUGGUAAGUUACAUGAAUGGUCAGUCCUCAAGUUCAAGGCAAUCCAUACUUUGUUUUUUUUUAGUGAACAGCUGACAAGCUGUGCCACAGUUCACAGAAUCAUAGAAUGAAUCAGGGUUGGGAUGGACCUUAAAGAUCAUCAAGUCCCAACCCCCUGCCAUGGGCAGGGACAGCUCCCAGCAGCCCAGGCACCUCCCCUGUAUGGUGAAGUGCUCUCUACCACCCUGAUGAAACUCCUGAGAGGUCAAGAAGAUCAAAGAUCUUUUCGCUCUUAUUGUUUAGAUUGUAGGAAGCAACAUAAAAACAUACGGUGUGUCUAAUAUAUCAGUAUAGUUGCCUUAACUGUGGAAAAAAAUAAAACCACCUUGUUUACUGAGGGACAUAGAUAGUGAGUUUCCCUGCCCCACAAAAUGUCAUUACCAGAUGCUUUAGCAUUUGCUCCAGGCUUAUUGGAUGAAUGUCCAGCAAAGGGAAACAUAAAUAAACAUAAUAAUAAUGUUUUAUCCACUUGAAUGCAGCUCUGUACAGAAAAAGAAAAAAAAAA